AUGGGUCGUGGCUGGGGCUUCCAGCAUGACAACGACCCGAAACACACAGCCAGGGCACUAAGGAGUGGCUCCGUAAGAAGCAUCUCAAGGUCCUGGAGUGGCGCAGUCUUCAGACCAGAACCCAGUAAAAAAUCUUUGGAGGGAGCUGAAAAUCCUUAUUGCCCAGUGACAUCCCCGAAACCUGAAGGAUCUGGAGAAGAUCUGAAUCUUAUAUCUUCAGAUUAUAAAGCAGAUGAUGAUAUCACACAAGAUACAUAUGAAGAACAUUCCAUUAUCCCAGAUACACCCUCAGCCCUUCACAGCCAAGAUCUGUCAUCUCAUCCUUAUAUACAGGUCCUGUCUUCUCAGUCAUCACAGGAUGUUAAGGAAAAAGAGGGUCAUAGAAGGGGUGUUGGACAUCAACGAGCUCAUACAGGAAAGAAACCAUAUUCAUGCUCAGAAUGUGGGAAAUGUUCUAUUAAGAAAUCAGUUGUUAUUAAACAUAAAAGAACUCACACAGGGGAGAAGCCAUUUUCAUGUUUACAGUGUGGAAAAUGUUUUACUGAAAAAUCAAAUCUUGUUAAACAUCAGAGAACUCACACAGGGGAGAAGCCUUUUUCAUGUUCACAAUGUGGAAAAAGUUUUACUGAAAAAUCAAGUCUUGUUCAACAUCAAAGAACUCACACAGGAGAGAAGCCAUUUUCAUGUUCACAAUGUGGGAAAUGUUUUACUGAAAAAUCAAAUCUUGUUAAACAUCAAAGAACUCACACAGGAGAGAAGCCAUUUUCAUGCUCAGAAUGUGGGAAACGUUUUACUUGCAAAUCAGAUGUUACUCGACAUCAAAGAACUCACACAGGGGAGAAACCAUUUUCAUGUUCAGAAUGUGGGAAAUGUUUUACUGAUAAAUCAAAUCUUGUUCAACAUAAAAGGACUCACACAGGGGAGAAGCCAUUUUCAUGCUCAAUAUGUGGGAAACGUUUUACUUGCAAAUCAGAUGUUACUCGACAUAAAAUAACUCACACAGGGGAGAAACCAUUUUCAUGUUCAGAAUGUGGGAAAUGUUUUACUGAUAAAUCAAGUCUUCUUAAACAUCAGAAAACUCACACAGGAGAGAAGCCAUGUUCAUGUUCAGAAUGUGGGAAAUGUUUUACUCGCAAUUCAAGUCUUACUAAGCAUAAAAGAACUCACACAGGGGAGACGCCAUAUUCAUGUUCAGAAUGUGGGAAAUGCUUUACUCAUUAUACAAGUCUUUAUAGGCAUAAAAGAACUCACACAGGAGAGAAGCCAAUUCAGAACAAUAAAUGAUGCAGAUAACACAUCUAUAUAUUAUCCAUGUACAUAGGAUAUCUGACAUUUAUACAUAUAUCAUAUACUGCAUCUCCAAACUUGUUCCCAAUCGUUCUUUUUAGAAGACCCAACAGGCAUAAUCCAUGGGGAGCUGCUACUGGAGACCCAAACACCUCACAGAGAAGGGACUUAUUCUAGUGAUGAAGAAUUCCAGGACGGUCCGGGCUUCACCUGCUGAGACCCUUUUAGAAAGGUUGUGUUAUCCCCGAUCCUAGCUGAUCAUGUGGCGUCCGAUCACUGGACACCUCAGUCUGUGCUCGGCUGUUUCUGCAGCUCCCAUAGUGAAUGUACCUCCUCCCUACCUGGGGACACUGGGGUCCCUGUUAUUGAGAUACAGGGGAUAGAUGACACAACCCCCUCACCACCCCGUGAUGUACUUUUAUGUCCUGGGCGGGAUUACUUUCCUGACUGUCUUGGCAGUGUAACCCUAUGGAUGCCGCAGUCAGUACUGAUUGUGGCAUCUAUAGGGUUAAACUGUCUUGCUCCCCCAGUCAUGGCCUCCAGGUCUACCAGGCGCUGUUGCCUAUGAGGCCCGACCUCGGUAACACUGACAGUUAUACUGCGCUGUAGUACAGAUGUAUGGUGGUGUAGUAUAACAGCGAUUAGACGAAAGCAGCUUCAGGUCCUAAAUAAAAACGUAUGGUCCCUGUCCCAAUAAAGCCAUAUAUUAUUACAAAAAAACUCCAAAACAUACAUAGCAGGUAUUCUUUGUACUAACUUGUACUUUAAAGGGGUACUCCGCCCCUAGACAUCUUAUUCUCUAUCCAAAGGAGAAGGGAUAAGAUGUCUGAUUGUGGGGGUCCCACUGAUGGGAUCU